AUGAAUUUGAGAGAAGAAGCAUUUUCAAAACUACAGAAACUACAAAACGAGAACGCAGAGCUUCAUGCACGUCUAGAGCAGCUGAAAAAGCAAAAUCUCCCCAGUGAUGAAGAUAAUAUUAACAAUUUCCAAGAUAUCAAAGAUCCGAGACUCUUAGAGCAGCAAUACUUGAAAGAAAGAGAUGAAAUCAAGAGUAUCAAAAACGAGCUCGGCCGUCUUGAAUCAAGGAAAUUACAGCUUGAAAAGAAUCUCGAGAAGAUCCUCCGUCAAUAUAAUGAAAAUCAAACCAUUGAGAAAAAUGAAGAAGCUGCCACAAAACAGUUCUACGAGAAAUUAAUUGAAAAAUGCACGCAAUUAUGUCCAGCCCAAUUAGAUGAUCUUCAGAAAACAAUUGACAAUUAUACAAAUACAAAAGCCCAAGUGUUUAAUGUUAGAGAAGAGUACGAGAAACUGCAAAGGAUGAUUAGCUUCAUAAAUUCACAAAAAGAUGACACUAAUUAUGUUCAAGUUACAGCCAAGAACAUGCCAACAAUCCAAUUGCAACAGUCCAAUGGGAAGCCACAGGAUAGUGUUCUUUCUCAGCAAAAUCAACUGAUGGGAGGCGGUCAACCGCAAUUAAUGAUGCCACAAGGCAGAUCCAACAUUCCAGGAGGUAGAAGAGGAAAGGUUGGAAGGUCUAGUGUCAGUUUACGCCACUCAUCUUAUUAUGCUACCGUUGAAUCAGAAUUAUCUUUCCUAGGAAAAUAA